AUGGCCACCCAGUCUAGGAACAAAAAGGGCCGCCGGACGUCUCAACACCCUAUCUCGAAGGGUGAGCAAGCUAUGCUCCCCGCUAUUCUUCGUGACCCAGAGGCCGCCAAGAAACUCUUUGAAGCCAUCUUGGACACACCCAACGGGAAGCGCGCUCUUUCCCGCCUUGCUCGGACUUGCCGUGCAAUCUCUGAGCCAGCCCUCAAUGUCCUGUGGAGGGACUUGGACUCCAUCGUCCCCCUCCUUGGCUUGUUCCCUAACCAUAUUUUGAAGAAGGCCAAGCGACCUGGCCUGGGUUUCGCCCAGAUCCCUGAAGAUGCCGACUGGGAAAUCGUCUGCAAGUACUCAGAGCGAGUCCGACGCAUCGCCUACGACGAGACCGCCAAUAACGUUGCCGCCUCCGUCUUCCCUAUCCUCGACGAGCAACGACCCUAUUUGUACAUCCUCCCCCACCUUCAGGAAAUCAUUUGGAAAGCAGAGACCCCAGCUGGCCUGGACCGAUGCUCCAUGUUCCUGACCCCCGAACUGCGGACUGUCCACCUUGAGUUGGGCGCCAACUUCAAGCAGCAACAGGUUGCAGCCUUUUUGGCUGACAUGUCCAGCAGGUCGCUGCUUUCGUCUUUCUCGUUCAGCUCUCCUACCAGUUUACCAGACUCUUUCACGGAACUCCUCAUCCGUCAAGAGAACAUUGAGAAGAUAGUCCUCGUUGCUCCCGGCGCUCUCUCGUCAGGCGUUGGACGUUGGGUUUCCAGCCUUCCCAAACUCAAGUCCUUGCAACUCGACCUCACCGGUCGUUCUCCCAUUGCCGUCGAAGGUUUCUUCGACGAAAUCCACCCUCGUUCGGGAUGCUCCACCCCCAGCUCUAUUUGCUCUACCGACAGUGGCAUUUUCUCCGGCGAAGAGCUCGACUUUGCAGAGCUCCGUAGGUCUGCCUUGCGCUUGACCGAUUACCUUCCCUCCAGGGAAUCAUUCGCACAAUUGCGCCGAGUUCAACUUACAGGGGAGGUUGGCAACAUUGCCGUCUUUUUAAAGCACCUCUCGAGUCCACUCGCACACCUCGACCUCCUCAUCGACGACCCUCCCGACAAUGCUGACUGGCAAGACCUCUGCUAUCUCAUUAGCGAGGCAUUCAGCGACUCCUUGCAAACUCUGAAGAUUUCUGCGAACGGCGCUACUAGAUACGCCGACCUUCUUCGCUUGUCUUCGCGGGGGGAGCCGGCGUCCAACCGCCUUUCGUUGAAGCACCUCACCGACUUGACCUCUCUCACUCGGUUCGAGAUCGACCUCCCCGAGUCCAUUGUCUUCUUGCCAGAGGACUUGGAGGCUCUCGCUUUUGCGUGUCCCCGAUUGGAGGUGCUUCGCCUCUGCCCGUUGGCGCGAUUCGCACCCAACUCCACCGGACCCAGGAUCACCCUGGAGAACCUCUCCAUCCUGACCAAGCGCUGCAAGCACUUGCACACCAUCGCCGCCGUUGUCCAGGCUGCUGAAGGUACCCCAGCCAUUAUGGAGUCGCCAUCUUUUGCCUCCCACUCCUUGGUUCGCUUGCACGUGGGCCACUCUUGGAUUGGUGACCCGCUGCAGGUCGCUAUCCUUCUCAGCCACUUGGCUCCUCGCCUGGAGAAUUUGCGAUGGUUCCAAGAGAAGAAUCGACCUGGGUUCAAUGAGGCAAAUGCCAAGAGCUGGCAGACGGCGUGUGAUAUGCUGCCCCAUAUCCAGCGUCUCCGAAGCCUCGAGAGGUCCUUUGCUCGUGCACCCCCUCCCAAGUACCCGAAGACUGCCAAUGUUGGCAUUGACGCCACGCCGAUCUUGGUCAAUCGAGGUGUAGCUGCGACUGGGCCUCGCAUGGCCACCAUGGGUAUCCAAUGCAACCCUGCACUCGUUAGCCGCUCAGUUGAUGCUGUCAAGACUUCUGUAUCCGCCUCUGUCGAUGCGACACCACCCACUUGCGAGAUGGCCGUUGAAGCCAUGCCCGUGAUGGUGUCCACAGAAAUCGACGCAACAGUCGAGUGCGAAUCCAAGGGUAUCGACGCAACUCCACCACCCGCUGAUGAGAAGACCCAACGUAUUCUUGCUAGCAGCGUUCUCCGACAACUCUACCUCGUCCCUUCGAUCCUCGGGUUCUUCUCGUUCGUCUACAAAUACCUCAUCACCUACCCCAUGGCCAUUCCUUCACGCGUCGGCCUCCAGCUAUUGACCGCAACCAAGUACCCGUUCGCUAAAAGGGAGCCUAACUUCUCGCUGGUCUCCAGUGGAACGCAGGUAAACAGCGCUUCUCCAAACCAGACCGAAAUACCUUUGGACACGAUUUCGACCGUCUGCAUCUAA